CAGUUUAUUACUACGGACAUGGGUAAACAUAUAAAGCUUAAUGUUGGCAUAUUGUCUGUCCUGAUUUUAUUUUCUUUGCCGUAUAUGACUGUAUCAAUGGGAUGUCUAUCUUGUGAAGAAUCCGACGCACAAUGCAACGUGACGCACUGCUACACACAAAAAUGUGAACAGACAGAUACAUGUGAAGGAACAUGCCUUCUUACUGUUUCCUUGAAACCUAAUCAGCAAGACACAGCGUUCACAAUGUGCAUGAACGAGACAAAUAUUGCAUCUGUGUACGGCGAAGAGGAUCUGGGGCCUACUUGUAUUCAGUCUCGUGAACCAAACUAUAUUGCUGAAGAGAAUUUCAGCACAGUUAGCUGUACGUGUCAGUCUGAUAAUUGUAAUUCCAACAUUGUUUUAAUGAAGAUAGAACCUCCGACUGAUGCGAAAGAAGAAAAAGAUGCUGACAUCACGGCUACUCUCGCAUCCGGUAUAGCGGUUGGUGUUGUCCUAGUGGUCGCCAUUAUCCUGCUAUUUCGACUGAUUGUCGUUCGACGAAGGAAACUAAGUGACGAAAAGGAGAAGCAGGCAAUGGCUGGCGCGGGUCAAAGUCGAUUUUCAGCCGAUAGUUCAAGCUUAUUAGAAAGUGCAUGGGAUGAAAUGGGAAAACAUAGCUGCUCAACCUACAAGUAUUCAAACAGCGUAAGUUCACACUAUAGUCGAGGAUCGAAAGGAAAUGCUCUCAACCAAAACGAUCAACAUUUGCCUAUUGAAAAGAGCAAAAUAAUAGGUCGAGGAAGAUUUGCAGAAGUUUGGAAAGCGAAGUUACAGCAGGAUAAUCAAACAAGCAAAGUUAUUUCUGUCAAAGUAUUCAGACUUCCUAACUACGGUGCUUGGAGACAGGAGAAAGAGAUUCUUUCGGAAAGAUGGAUGAAACACGAAAAUAUUAUUGAAUAUUAUGCAUCAGAGCAACAUUCAUCUCGUGGGCGAUUGCAGUACUGGUUGAUAACGGCGUAUUAUUCGAAAGGAAAUCUUCAAGAAUUUCUAAGAAACAAUUCACUGAAUUGGAACGAGUUUUGUGAUAUGUCGGCAUCGAUUGCAAGGGGGCUAGCUUAUUUACAUGAAGAGCACGAUUUGGACGGCCAUGAGAAGUUCCCCGUUGCUCACAGAGAUGUCAAAAGUUGCAACAUACUUGUUAAAGACGAUGGCGUAUCAUGUGUUCUGGCAGACUUCGGAUUGUCAUUGAAACUAGAUCCAAGUUUGAGCCGAGACGAACUGGCCAACGCAGGUCAAGUCGGAACUUCUCGUUAUAUGGCUCCAGAACUACUGGAAAAAUUGGUGAAUCUCGCUGAUAUUGAAAUGUUUAAGAGGGUGGAUAUGUACGCUUUUUCUCUUGUCAUGUGGGAACUUGCAACGAGAUGUGAUGUCAUUGAUGGUAUGCUUCGGCCCUACCAGCCUCCAUUUGGAGACAGAAUCACAGACCAUCCUUCCAAAGAACAAAUAUUACUAUUGGUUUGUCGAUCAAAACUGAGACCAGAAAUCAGGCCGGAAUGGAGAGCGCAUACGGGACUUGCCAAGUACAUCGACACAAUGACCGAAUGUUGGGACUCUGAGCCUGAAGCAAGGCUAACUGCAAGUUGUGUUCACGAACGAAUUCUUGGGAUUCGAAACGAAGAAUGUAUUGCGGAAGUACCAUUAUCGCCAAAAGAAGUUGAAGCCUUGCAAAAAGAAGUGAUUGGGGAAAAUGAAGCCAACGAAAUGACAGAAUUAAUAUCGACUGUGGUGUAGUGAUCCUAUACAUAAUACCACAAAAUUUCUGUAGUCGCAGCUCGAUAUCCGAUUCUGGAGCAACCCAAAGCUUUAAGUGGUGAAUUCUCAUUCCGCCACAGCAAAUGGUAGAACCUAAACAUUUUAUUCUACUUCAUUUAGUUCUUGUGAAUAAUGACAACUCAUCGCCACCAGUUUGAAAUAAUAUAAUAAUUGUAGAGCAACAUAAAUAGUCCAUUGCCUGGAUAUGAGAUAAGUCACGUACCAUCGACGAGUAUUUCUGACAAGAGUCAUCAUUAUGUGACCCAGGAAUGUAAAAUCAACAAAGGGCGUUUUGAAAACUGUGAUAUUGUUCCACUACAUUAACAUGGAUGCAAGGGGGAACUUGACCAGAACUUUGAUACAUACUUAACUCUGUAUAAUUUUCUUAUAUCAUAAAGUAGCAAAGAACUUCCUUAUUAUUUGUUAAGAAUACCCGUAGGUUAACCCUUCUGAAUUUGAAUACAAUUUGGUAUGCUGAACCGAACGACAACAUGAAAGAAUAACGGGUAUUUUUUAGCUCGUCUACCCGGUGCGCGUUACCCAAGCCGGUCAUUACCGGCCUAAACUGCUCGAGGCAAGAAAUUCCGGAAGUUAUUGAGUAAUCACUUUGUACCACUCGCACCUAAGAAACUUCCCCCGGGAGUGUUCAUAGUUUGUUUCGGUCUGUCUCCACCUUUCGUAUCCCUUGCCGGCGAUUAUAUUUUGCCGUAUGUUCGUUAAAUACGGCACUUUUAUGGGUUUUGAUUUACAGAGAAUAACCAAUCAGCGGAACCUCGCUAUCAGACAAAACUAUGUACCUGUAUCAGUGCGAAGUAUGAAUAAUAAUGAACAACUGUGAGUAGUGGACUCUUUAUGGAGAUCGUGUCGCAGAAAAUCUGUUGUUCAUACUUCUCUGGCUGCGCAUAAUAAAUCAGGAAUAGCCACUAAAUUCAGUAACUUGCAUAUAUGAGUCAUUUGCUGCAUUUUUUAUAUUGUUAAUUAACAAUCAAUCCAUGCAUGGUGCAUAUUUUAUGUUUCACAUAUAUUACUUCAGUUCAUUUUACCACAAUUUAUGUGUAUCAUAUUCAUACAUUAAUCCUAUUGCUGUUCAGUAUCACAUGCUACUUGACAAAAGUUAUAUUUGAGUUGUAAUAGCAUGUCCAUUGUAAUCGGUCAAUAGCUUUUAAACCUCGCACUCGCUGUCAAGUCCGUAUUACAUGACUUUGUUUGCUAUUUUUCUUGUAUUGAAGAUAAGUAGAUCUCCGUUGUGUGCCAGUAAUAUUCAUACAAAUGAACCCCAGGACGAAUUUACCAUCAAUAAAGACACAAUGCACGAUUACUGUUAAAAUUUGAUUAUCCAGUGGAAAUAAUCAUCGGAACCAUAUGGAACAGAAAAUUUCAUUUAUUCAUGUUUCAUAUAUCUUUGCUUCUGUUAUUCAAAUUUUAUUGUAAUUUUUCAAAUUAGGGUUUUUUUCUUCAUUUUUCGAGCCUUUUUUUUACUUAAGAUUUUUUUACUAAACAUCAGAAUCGCAGUAUACUUUGUAGAGCUAUUCCCCGUUUCGCCAUUUGAUAACGGAAUAUCUCAUUUGUAAGAUAUGAAGAAAACCUUGUGACUAUGUUACUGGGGAAGUAUUCAGGAGACCAAUAAUUUUGAAUGAAAUUCCAUAAUUUGAAAAAACAUGAUGCUUUUUAUUUCAUUACAAAACUUGCAUUCUUGGCAUCUGCAGUACAAGGCAUUUUACAGUUUAACGACGCGUCUUAAUGGAAAUUUCAGUGGUGUGCGAUCAAGGCGCUUCCUUUGACACAUUUAUACAGUAAUUCUACGUGUAGUAUCGUCAUUUUCAACUGAUCUUUUCACACCACUUUCUUUUGUAAAAAUACAUAUGGUUUAGUAUUUUUCAUAUACAUUGUAUGCAACUUUGAAUAAACAAAUGUUGGUUGAAUA